AUGGAUAGCACCACCGCUGUGCACCUUCGAAAUGCACUAAGCGCACCGCUGGUUUCCAGUACGGAAAAGCCUAUGUUACCACCAGUGGAUAUAAGCGCGGCGCUUUCGCUACUUGCAAGACCAGCAACAGCAACGAUUCCAACACCAUUCCCCCCACUUACGCCAUUCUCCUUCUCCGAUCCAACCACACUUUUCACAUUCUCACAGCAGCUCCGUUCCACAAUCCCGAACUAUUCGCUUGCAACGGUUGUCUCGCCUCUUUUGCCAAGCACUGGUACAGUUACCACUGCCACCAUUCCGAGGCCAAGCGUUGGGCCACCGCCGCUGAAAAGACCUAAUCGAGAAACGCAUCAGCAGCCUGUUCCCAGCUCCCCAUCUUGCUGUUCCUCAUCAUCGGUGACUUCGUCAUGCAGUCCACCACAGCAAUCUCCACACAGGAAACAAGCAGCACCAGUUCCAGAUGAUAAAAAAGUAGGAUUUCCUUAA